AUGUCCAUCCUUCUACCGCUUUACGUUUAUCCACAGGCAGGCGCAUGGAACCCGCUUUACAUAGCUGCAAAGGCUCAUCCCGAUGUCGAGUUUACGGUUGUCGUGAAUCCUUGCUCUGGCCCUUGCAAUGGCUCCCUCCCAGAUGCUACAUAUCUCUCUGAAAUUCCGAAGCUUCGUACCUUCGAAAACAUCCGCACUUUAGGUUACGUCGCGACCAACUACACGACAAAAGACCUCAGCCAGGUUCUCUCAGAGAUUGAUACAUAUGCGAAUUGGCCGAAAACAGCGAAUAAUACCAAGCUAAAGGUUGAUGGCAUCUUUUUCGACGAGACGCCCAGCGAAUUUGUGCGAGAGAAGUACGAAUAUUUGAAAGUUGCGAGCCAGAAAGUCAAGAAUGGAACGGCAUUUAGAGAUCGAUUCGUAGUUCACAAUCCCGGCCUUCUCCCCAAGACCUUAUUGACAACUCCAACGCCUUUUCAAACAUCGUACUUGAAUUUGACCGACAUAACCGUGCUUUUUGAGGAAACAUUUACCAAAUGGCUUGAUGCGACCACUUUCGACUCGCUCCGAUCACACAAAAUCAAGCGCGACAAACUCGCCGUGAUACUGCAUUCGAUACCUAACUUGAGUAACACAGUGUUGGACUUCGUGGUCGAGCAAGUGGAAGACAGCGCGGAUUGGUUGUUCUUAACAGACAUUAGCCAGAAAGACGAAUAUUACCACAGUUUUAGCCCCAUCUUCCAAGAUGUUGUAGAGGCAGUUGAUAGGGGCUAA